GUCGGUGUGUGUUGUUGUCGAAGCGAUGAUGGCGGCAGCGGGAUGCGGAUCAGCAACCGCGGCUGCCGUAGGAGGCCAAGGUGGAACCGCUACGGCCAGAGGUCGUUUCCCCGGUCGGCCUUGGUCGUCACGCAGUCGUUUGCGCUCCGAGAAGCGGUGGCAACUCGGACGCUCAGGCUUAGAAGCUGAUGAUGUGACUAACGGUGGGCCGAGGCCCGCAAACCUGGUCCUGUCGUUAAACGAAGACCAGUCUCACUUACGCUUGCUCGGAAUAGAGGCGAGCCACAAGAUCCUCGGCCAGGCUGGAUACAGCUCUAGUGGGAGUGAAGAGGUGAGGUCCCAAACCGACCCAGGAGGAGAUGACUUCCAAGGAUUUGAGUCUGAGAGAAAAGGUCCUAAAGGGCCUACAGGGGCACAACAAAAUUCUUCCAAAGGCAAUGCUGUCAACACAAAAUCUAAGCGACAGAGUGAGAAGCCACCAGUUAAGAUGGCAGCAGUGCGACCAGCUCCCGCAACAGAUGCCAAGUCUCUGGAGGAGACGCGUGGAAUAUCUCUCGAUGCAAAGCCUGUAAAGGAGUGCAGAAAAGGCCCGAAAGGAAAGAACACUACAGAGCGACAGUCCACUAAGGGCCGGGCUUCCGCUGCAGCACCGAGGAUUACCAUAAAGUUGGUGGCUAAAAAGAAAAUCAAAACUGUAAAAGAGCCUCAAAAGAAGUCUGUGAAAAAGUUAAAGAUAAAAGGGAUUCAGGAUCAGCCGAAAGCAAAGGACAUUCAGGGUGAUCAGAUUGUGCGCGCCAAUAUUAAACUAAAAACGGAGCCACGUGAGGAUAAACAAGACACAGAGGAUAAGGGAGGGGGCACCGUACCGACGAGGAGACGCGGGAGAUCUGCUGUAAAGACAGCAGAGACUAAAUGCCAGACUAACGCCAAAGUUGUGGGUGAUGACCAAAAAUCAAAGGGGAAAGAGUCUACUGAUCAGCAGGACACUGUCAAGGAGAGUGCGACGGAGGAGCCAAAAGUCAAUGCGAAGAAACCGAGACGUAAGGAAACUGCGGCGAAACUGGGAAAAGCCUCUGAAAAUAAUAAACUGGUAACUCGCCGGAGCAACAGAGUUACGAACCCACUCUCCAAAAGCGUCUCAGAAAGUGCCACUGAAGCAGAAAGUAAGAGCGGGGCUGUUCAGGUGGAGUCCAAGCCAGAAGUUUCACAAGCAGUGAAGGCCAAACCAUCAGCAGGGAGUAACAAACGAAGGCAAAGCAAGAGGCUGAAUAAAUCUAUUACACAAAAAACCCAAGGUCUGUCAUCCACAGAGACUGAGGGUUUAUCCAAACAACCCAGUGACAGUUCGCCUCUGAAAAAUGAGGAAAGGGUUCCAAGUUUAAAGUUGUUCAAGAUUAGAAAUCCUAAAUAUGAAGCACAGGCGAGUGGGAAGAAUUCAACCCGGAAGAAAAAACGGCGAAAAUUCAUCUGGACUUUAACAUUGGUGAAAGGAGUAAAUCGGCGCCCGAGUGUGGAGAAGAAGAGCAAGGAAAAGCCUGCGAGUCCCGUGGAUCCGUCUCCUGUUUGUGACACGAGUGAUGUGAAAACAUCGAAGGGAGCGGAUGUAAAACCAAAACCCGAUAACGCGGCCCCACCGGAGGAGGAGAGCUCGGCCACUCAGGAGAAGGAUCCCCAAAACAAGGCUAAAGUGUCACUGGAAGAGAAGGCCGCACCCCCGCUGGAAGCUGAAGUGGAGCCGAUAACUGAAGCUUCCCCACAAGAAACUGCUAAAGCAGAUUGUGGGAAAGUCGUUCCCCCUCUUCAGAUUAAAAAGGUCUCGUCUCCCGGCAAGCAUAAAAGCUCAAAGCCGUCCUUUUUGAUCCAGCAAGUCAGCCCGGUGGCGGAGAAGAAAGAAGAAGUGCCGAAAGUCCCCAGUGAAGUGAAUGAGGAAAAGCCCUCAUGCCCGGAGGCUGAGCUCACACCCAGGAGACUGAGGAGGAGGACGGCGAGCCUCGAUUCACCGCAAACAAAGUGUGCCGCUCAAAAGCCACCCGCCACUCCCAAACGGAGGCUUCGAACGAGUCCCCAGGAUGAAGACCCUCCUCCACAGGUGCAGGUUGAAGAUUCUUCUCAGGUCCCAACUGAAGAUUCCAGCUCACACGUUCUUCCCGAAAACUCUUGUCAUGCCGAAGAGGCGUCACCGGCGACCGCUGUGAACUCCUCCGACCUUCCUGACAAGGAUACCUCAGAGGUAGCUGAUGUUGUGCCCCCGCAGCUUCCAGAAGAAGACGCGCCACCGGUGGAGACUAAGGUGGAAACACAAACGAAAGAGGCCAAACCAGUGCCUGUGCCUUCCAAACUGCGAAAAUUGAAAAAUAAGCUUGGGAAAAAGAAGUCCGCUCAAAAAAAGAAGGCGGUCGCUGUUCCUGAAACUGCUGUCAGCACAGAAAUCGCUCCAGCUGACGUUCCUGACACGGAGACUCCUGUGAAGGAGGAUACCCAGCCCGUCGUAUCAGAGGUGUGUCAGCCUGAAACAAAAGAUAGCACUCCACCAGAGCCCGAGCAGGACGCCGUGUCAGUGGAAGAGGAGCAGAUACAGCCGCCAGUGAAGGAGGAAACUGAAAUCCAGCUGAUCGACAGUCAGCUACCUGUAGUGGUGGAAAGUGAGACAAGUGUUCCAAAACCAUCGAAGAAAAGGCUCAAAAAAGUGAAAAAGAGGCGUAAAAAUUUAAUUGGGCAGCGUCAGAAACACAGGCAUCGGAGCCGGGAUGGGAAGUUUGCGCCGCUGCGAUUGUCUGAAAGUCAGGAAAGCCUUGAGGGAGAUGUCGACAUUUCCACCCCAGUGCCAGCUCCUGCAGCGAUUCCAGGCACCAAACUUGUGGGAAUACAAAAAAAGUACAAGAAGAAACAUUCGGAGGCAAAUCGGUCCAAAAUGAUUUCCAAACUGCUGAGAAUGGGAGGGGAAGAAGACAGCUUGAAGCAGGAGGAAACUGACGCUUUAGAUGACGGUGGACAGGCAGAUGUUGUAGAUGCUCAGCCCGGCAAGUCGAAGUUUGUGAAGAACAUCAAGCACUUCAUCAUGCCCGUCGUCAGCGCCAGAUCCUCACGAGUGAUCAAAACCCCGCAGAGGUUCAUGGACGAUGCUGGAAUGUCUGUGUUGCCCCGCAGACACUCUCCAAAGAAGGGUUUACAACUGGGUUUGCAAAUACGCCCGGCAAAGAGGCGAGACGAUGGGAUGGACAGAGCGAUCUCGCCCAUCCUGCCCAUCGACGAUGAGGACAUACUGAGCGAGGCUCAGCUGGACGUGGACCUGUUUUCAGCUCAGGACCUGGACGACAGCCUUGACAUAGCCGAGAGCCUGUUUUCUGAGAGGAAGAGUAGCAAAAAUGAAAAGAAGAAAUCCCUCCUGAAGAACUCUACUUUCAGGUGGCAUCUGCCAGAGGAGUCUAGCGAUGAAGUGUAUACACUGGACAAAACUCCAGAGAAUAAAUGCGGAAAUUUAUUCUUAUCCACACCAGCUGAUAAGCCCAUAGAAACGUCUAGCGACCUGGACGUUAGGAAAAAGAAAAAUAGCGCUAUGUUCAGUAAGCAAGCAGCUCACCUCAAGAUUUACCAGCGGUUAAAGAAACCACACAUGGGGCUUCCGAAAAGCAGAAACCCAACAGAGCUGGAGAGUGCGAGCAAACCUUUCCAGCCUCCGGUCGAUCUGGCAGAAGGCCUCGACGACGAAGCCAUGAGCAUCAGCCUGAGGCAGCGCGAUACGAGCACGGAGCAGGACAAGUCCAAGCUCAAGAUAGAAGACCUCGACAGUCCUGGAGUGGUGAGGAAAGUUUCUGUGUGCGUUCGCUCGACGAACUCCAAGUCGCCUCCUGUUCAGCCCGUUGAGAAGGAGGAGUUAGCAGGGAAAGACACCGCCAAGCUUCACUCAGGGGAGUUGCAGCCACUAAAGAGCUUCGGCAAAGGUGAAGGAGAUCGUCUGGCGUCUGUGGAGAAGGGAGUGUCGCAGAGAGGGCGUCUCAGUGGGGCAAAUAAAAGGAUGAUUAAUCUCCUCAGGAAAGCCAAGGUCCAGCUUUUUAAAAUUGACCAGCAGAAGCAGCUUAAAUCAUCUGGGUUGUUAUCCGGCCCAGCUGGAGCCAGGUCUCAAGAUGUGACCUCCAAGAGGCAGAGAAGGAAGCAGAGGAUACAGCGCGGCUCUGAUGUCCCUGUCAAGACAGAACCACCUCAAACACAACCACAGCUCAUCUCUCCACUGUGCCAGGAGUUUCGUCGAGCAGGAGGUCCACGGAUCAAGCAUGUGUGCCGCGCUGCGUCUGUCGUUCUGGGGCAGCCUCGAGCCCUGGUACCAGACGACAUCCCGAGACUGAGCGCUCUGCCGCUGCAUGAAAGAUCCGGCAUUUCCCCCUCAGCCGUCGCUAAAGAUGUUGGGUCUCCAUCAGAGUCAGACAGUCCCAGUCUGUCUGAUCCAAAGGUCACUAAGGUCAAGAAGCCAUCAAACUUCUUAAAACGGAAAGGACUCGGCCCGUUUGGGUACCGGUCCCGGAGGUGUGGCGUGUGUGACGGCUGCAACCACGAGGAGGACUGCGGCAGGUGCAUAAACUGCCUCGACAAACCCAAGUUUGGCGGUCCCAAUACCAAGCGGCAGUGUUGUGUGUACAAGAGGUGUGAUCAGAUCGAACUGAGGAAAGCUCGCAGAUUGAGUGGAAGGACAACACACAAAGGCUCCUCGAAGCGGCGGCGGUCGUCCCUGAGCGGGGGUCAUUCCAGUAACGAUGAAGGGAUGGACGGUACCGCCGACUCACCCUCCGGUCUCCAGGGCGACGACAACAGCCCGUCGGUCAGGAAGCAGCCGAAGCGCGUGGUGAAGCCCCGUGUCUAUUUCGACCUGGUGGAUUACGACUCAGAUUUGGAAGAUAAAGCUCUGCCCAGCUCGGCGUCACCAGCGAGAAGAAGGGGUGCUGGAUCUCGUUUCAGUCAGGACUUUGUGUCUCUGGAUGGGUUCUUAGGUGAUAUUUCAGAUGAAGAAGUUCGGCAUCGGAAGUCCAGCUCUCAUCGUGUACCAACGGUUCGACGCAAACCUGACAAGGGUCUCCCGUCUCAGAGUCCUUUGGAGCAGACCCCUCCCAGUGUCCUGGCCGCCCUGGCUCACGGGUUUGAGCAGCGAGAAGUAGAGUCCUCCAAACCGACGCAUAAGAUCAGGGUUGAUUUCAAAGAGGACUGCACUUUAGAGAACGUGUGGAAUAUGGGCGGGUUAAGCAUAUUGACCUCUGCGCCACUUAUGCCUCCCUACGUCUGCUUCCUGUGUGCCAGUAAAGGACAACAUGAGAUGCUUUACUGCCAAGUGUGCUGUGAACCCUUCCACCAGUUUUGCCUUGAACCAGCCGAGCGCCCCUCCGAGGAGAAUAAAGAGAACUGGUGCUGCAGACGCUGCAAGUUCUGCCGCGUGUGCGGCAGGAAAAACAAGCUGUCAAAGCCUUUGUUGGAGUGUGAACGUUGCCAGAACUGUUAUCACGUUUCCUGUUUGGGACCCAACUAUCCGAAACAAAACAAGAAAAGAAAAGCCUGGGUUUGCAUGACCUGUAUCAGGUGUAAAAGUUGCAACGUUACUCCGGGGAAAACUUGGGACACUGAAUGGAAUCACGACAAAGGACUCUGUCCAGACUGCUCGAAACUCUAUGAACAGGGUAACUACUGUCCAAUCUGCUUCAAGUGCUAUGAGGACAAUGACUAUGACAGUCAAAUGAUGCAGUGUGGCACCUGUAACCACUGGGUUCAUGCAAAGUGCGAGGAUUUAACAGAUGAGCUGUAUGAGAUUCUGUCCAGCCUGCCAGAGAGCGUGGUGUACUCGUGUCGGCCGUGCAGCGUGACGCAGCCAAGUGCCUGGAGAGAACUGCUCUACAUUGAGCUCAGGGCGGGGGUGGAGAAAGUGCUCGCCUGCCUGCUUUCGUCGACCCUCACCCAGCACCUGGUAACCUGCUCACAGUGUGAGAAGUCGAUCGACCCCGACAGUGGAAGGGAGGGACAGCCGGCCUGUGACCUCCGAGCUGUCGGCAAGAAGUUUGACAAAGGACUGUACACGACAUUGAAAAUGUUCCAUGAAGAUGUGGUUCAGGUGGUGCGAAAGCGGCUCGAGCAAGAGGAGAAUCUUCCAGAAGAGCGUCGGCCCACCGCUCUGGCACGCUCCUACUACUUGAAGCUCCUCGAGGAAGUAUUCAACUGGUUUAACAGCCAGGACCCGAAGGUGUGGAACCCUUGUACCAAAGACUUGCCUUUGGGUAUGCUGUCCCAAGCAGUUAAUCCUCCAACCACAGAGCAUGUUUAUGCUCAGUGGCAGGAGAGAGAGGAGUUUUCCUCCAGGCCGCCACUGAGACUCCUGCAGGAGGACAACGGGCAGAGCUUGGAUAUAAAAGAAGAAGAGGCUUUUUCUCCGAUGUCGGGGGAACUCAUGAGCCACAACCACUUCAAAACCAACCGGGCUUUCAGACUCAAGUCCAAAGGGAAAAGAGGCCGCCUUUCAAAAGCUGAUCUCGACACCGGAUGGUCUAAAGAUGAUGAGAGACAGUGCUCGUUGUGCCAAAAAUACGGAGACCUCAAGCCGAACGAGGCUGGACGGCUGCUGUACUUGGGCCAGAACGAAUGGGCACAUGUCAACUGCUGUCUUUGGUCUGCCGAGGUGUUUGAAGAAGACAAUGGAUCCCUGCUCCACGUGCACAGCGCCGUCACAAGGGGCCGCUUGAUGCGAUGUGAACGCUGCAACCAGACAGGCGCCACGGUGGGCUGCUGUCUCACGUCGUGCCAGAGCAACUACCACUUCAUGUGCGCCCGCUCCCGGCAGUGCGUGUUCCAGGACGACAAGAAGGUCUAUUGCUACAAACACCGGCAUCUCAUCAGCGGCAGGAUGAUAACAGGUCAAGAGUUCGAAGUGAACCGCCGGGUCUAUGUGGACUUCGAAGGCAUCAGUCUCCGCAGAAAGUUCCUGACCGGAGUGGAACCGGAACUGAUCAACGUCAUGAUCGGCUCGCUGCAGAUUGAGAAGCUGGGUGUGUUGACGGAACUAUCGGCGAGCAAAGGGAAAUUGUUUCCAGUGGGAUUUGAGUGUUCUCGUUGGUACUGGAGUACUGCCAACCCGCUGCGCCGGUGCAAAUACACGUGCACAGUCCGGGAGGUUCGUCCUGUCAUCCCAGAGAAGCCUGUUGAGGAGAUGCCGGACCAAGGAGACAAUCACACCAUCGCUCACAGCCCGUGUCCCCUCCCUGAAUCUGAAGCUGCAGAACCCGAUGUGACAGAAUCUCAUCACCCAGGUGAGGAACCCUUCGCCUCAGGUCCUGCUUCCAAACUGGAUCACGGUGCGAGGCCAAAGAUUCCCAGCUAUCCUCAACCUCGGAGACCAGCUGGAGGACUGUCCCGACCUCUUCCAUCCCCCGGAGUUGUGCCAGUGAAACCCCACCACAUUCUUACUGUCAGCGAUCUGGAGGAGACACGAAGAGUUCGUCGUCACAGCCCACAUUCGCAGCCAGCAGGCCUUCGCAGUCGUAUGUCGCCCCCUCCCCUCGGCCCUCUACCCGGACCGAUCACUCUCCGAGCUGGGAAGUCGUCCCAUCCGACCUCCCUGCUGUUUCCCCUCGGUGCUGCAGAGAACCUCGUCGGUUCUCCACCUGCCCGUUCAGUGGGAGGCAGAAGUGCUUCCUUAGUCCGAGGUCCCGGAAACACAACAACCCACUCGUCAUUCUUUCCUCAGUCGUCCUGGCAGGAUGGUGCGGCCAAUUUCCCCCCAGCGAGUCUGUCUUUCUCCUCGUCCAUACAGCAUUUACCCAGAAAUCGACUCUCGUUUGAGCUGAACCAGUCCGACUCAGUCGAGGUGCCACACAACUUCUUAGCUUCGCCAGAGCCUGAAGAUGUCUCUCCAGCCAACGGUGCAUCGCCCCAAGAGGACAUAGACCAGCUGAAGAACGCGGAUGAGUUUUCCUACAAUUCGUUCCACAAGGAAUCCAACAUGAGCCUCGGCCAAGAGAUGCGCACGGAGCUUGAGAUUGAAGAAACGCUCCUGAAUGAAGGAGUGGCGAUGAACUGUGGGGGCCAGAUCGUGGUGGAAGGCGACGACCAGGAAGAAUUUUGGGAAAGAGCCCAAGAGGUACACAAGAAGAAGAGCAUUGUUCCCAGUCUGCCACGGUCCGCAGCCUCAGUCAGGGACGACUUGGGCAAUUCAUCCUCUGAUGACGAUAUGGAGCACUAUUUUGACUUUUCUCGGACAAUAGUCAGCUGCCCCAGCUCAAAAGAUCGCUCGAAGUCUCCCCCCUCUCCGACCUCCCGGCCUCUGGCUCAGCUGGACGGAGUGGACGAUGGCACAGAGAGCGAUGCAAGCGUAGCUCCCAAUGAUGAUGCUCAGAAAGUCGUCGGUACCAGUCAAACUCGGAUGCAAGCAAAAAACAUCAGCAAUAAAAACAUCCCAGAUUUGGAAACGACAAAGUCUGCAGAGGCGUCAGCCGAUGAGAAGAAAACCGCUUCUUCAUUCGUCCCCAUUCCAGAGGCCGACAUCACUUCUCAAGAUCCACUGAAGUCCUGUGUUACUCUCAAAGUAUCCGACACUUUUGUUCCUCCUGUCAUUGAAACUCCCCCCAACUCACUCUCAAAGGUGGCCGAGACGUCCUGUUCAGAGGAGACGUUACAAGUUUCCAGUGUCGGCUUGCCCACAGAGACACCCCUUGUUCUCCAGAGAUGCGACGGUAAUCCAGACCUCACAGAACUGGUGCCUGUGCUACAAGACGCAACUCUCGAGUCCCAGCAGUCCGAAGCUUGUAAAGCCUUGAACUCUGAGCCCGGCAGCAGCCACAUCGUAUCUUCUCUCGAGGGGUCGACCGUGGUGAUGAACCACCUGACGUCGAUGGAGCCCUCGCUGGCAGAUUCUGCAGAUCACAGCCAGGGCACCCUGCUCGGCCUCAUUCAGCCCUCCGCCAUCAUCUCUCCAGACGUGCAAAACCCUUCCCAAGGCCUGGUCGACUCCCUGCAGAUGUACUCUUGUUUCAGUCAGCCUCCUCUAACAAGCAUCACGCUUCAGCCUGUGACCGCCGCACAAGAGCCGGCCACCUUCGCGUCCAUGGAGCCUCUGUCUACUAAGCUGACGACGCUCACGCCCGUCGCUGAUGUGUCACAGACGCUGCUCAGCGUCGCUCCCCACAGCGAUCCAGGCUUGUCGGUCACCCUGGGCACGUGUGCCAGUGUCUCUGUUCCUGUGUACUCCACGCAAACACAGCCUCUGGGCUCCACAGGCGUCACCAUUGUUUCUUCCUCUGCUUCAAUAUCCUCUCUCUCUGGACUGUCGACGCACUGCUCCGCCGCUCUGGCGCCGGUGCAGACCACCUCGGCGCCCGUGCUCCUGAACGGCUACAGCUCCUCGUGCGUGCAGAAGGAGGCCACGUCCGGACACACGCUCUCCAUUAACUUCUCCACUCCCCGGCCGGCGAUGGAAACCCAGCAGCCGGUGUUGCCCCAGGCGCUCCCCGGCCACGCCAUCCUCACCGUGAAGGAGGUGGGAGGUCCGAACGUCGACCCCACGCCGCACGUCCUCCUGGUGAACCGCCUCGGGCAGAUCUUUGUGAAAAACCCGGAGAGCAACACGUUCCAGCUGCCCACGACCAACUCUCCCUCCUACAACUGCGUCACGCAGAUCGCCAGCCUUUUGCAAAGCAACGCCCUGUCGGCCACGCUGGCGGCGGCGGGCAACAUGACCGCCCCUCAGCCGGCGUCCGGCGUGACCACGGCGCUCCCGUCGGCCCUCUCACCAGCAGUCCAGAACCCCGUCACCGUCACACAGCUGCUCACGCACACCAACAACGGCGCCGUCGCACCAGCAAAUGUGAAGAAGUCGAGGAAAAACGCGAAAGCAUCGAAAGACGAGAGCGCGCCGGGGAUGAGAAAACCAAAGAAGAAGAAGGAGUCCGGUGCAUCCAAAAAAUCCAAGUCAUCCAAGACAACAGGGCACCACGCUGUGGCAGCCGAGAAUCAUCCAAAGACUCCGACUGAAAGUGCCCAAGCAAUCAUCAAUCAGGCAAUGGCAAGUAACUACAUCCCCAAGUGGGGCGGGCUGCGGACGAUGAGCCCGUCCUCGCUGGUUCUUCCGCCCGACCUGCUCCUGGAACCGGAGUCUUCAGUUUCGCCUCCAUCGCCCACCACGCCGCCGGCCCCCACGCCCCGCCCCCGAACACACGUCCGCAUGAAGAGAGUGUCGUCGCUCUCCGACCGCAUCGUCACCAAGAAGUCCAAAGUGGACUUCCUGCAGCCGGAGCCCGUCCCCGAGGAGGAGGAGCGGCGCAAGCCGGCCUUUCCCAGCGCUUCCAGCCGGGCGUCCGGAGUCCGCAUCAAGACCCCCACGGUGAAGGAAGUUCUCAAUCUGGACGAGCUGAAGGACGACGAGCACAUCAGUGACUCCGACAGCUCAGGCAGAUCAGAACCUUGGAAUUACAUGAUUCAGGGUGAACAGGGCAAACAGCAGCCGAGUGAACCAGUGGGACACAGCAGCCUGAUUGACUGGAGGAAGUACUGUGGCGCUGUUCCUACUUCUGAGGAUGAGCAAACGCCAUCUGAUGAGGACGAGGAAACGUCAUCGAACAGAGACCAGCCACACUUGCGAUUUGAGAUCAGCAGUGAUGAUGGUUUCAGUGUGGAGGCAGAAAGUCUUGAGGUGGCCUGGAAAGCGGUGAUCGACGGGGUUCAGGAGGCGCGAGCCAUCGCACGCUUGAGGCCUCUGACUUUCCAGAAGGUCACCGGCGCCCGGAUGCUGGGCCUGGUCCACGACGCAGUCAUGUUCCUGCUGGAACAGCUGGAAGGAGCUCACCGCUGUCAGCGUCACUCCUUCCGUUUCUUCAAGCAGUUCAGCCAGGAGGACGAUCUGCCCGUCAACCCCAGCGGCUGCGCCCGCUCCGAGCUUUACCUUCGGAAGUCUACAUUUGAUAUCUUCAACUUCCUGGCGUCUCAGCACCGGCAGCUUCCCGACAUCGGGCCUUACGACGACGAGGAAGAUGAGGUUCUGUUGAAAUCCACAAGGCGAGCUACCAGUCUGGAGUUGCCCAUGGCGAUGCGCUUCAGACAUCUGGAACGAACUUCCAAGGAGGCCGUCGGAGUUUACAGGUCUGCGAUCCACGGCCGCGGUCUCUUCUGCAAGAGGAACAUCGAGGCCGGGGAGAUGGUCAUCGAGUACGCCGGCAUCGUCAUCCGAUCGGUGCUCACCGACAAAAGAGAGAAGUACUACGAUGGCAAGGGCAUCGGCUGCUACAUGUUCCGCAUCGACGACUUCGACGUGGUGGACGCCACCAUGCACGGCAACGCGGCGCGCUUCAUCAACCACUCCUGCGAGCCCAACUGCUACUCGCGCGUCAUCAACGUGGAGGCGCGCAAGCACAUCGUCAUCUUCGCCCUGAGGAAGAUCUACCGGGGGGAGGAGCUCACCUACGACUACAAGUUCCCCAUCGAGGACGCCAGCAACAAACUGAGCUGCAACUGCGGGGCGCGGCGAUGCCGGCGCUUCCUCAACUGAGAGGAGAGUCCUGUUUACGAGUAAGCCUUAAAUUAAGGUGGCACUGGAUCGGCGUGGAGGCGGCAGCAAGGGGGAGAAGCCACUAUGACUCUGGUUGGAGGCGAAUCUGAACAUUCUGUGGUCACGCCGUACAUCUGCAGACGUUCGGCACCACCGCAUAUUUUAGGAGGUGGUUUUGGUGGGUUUCUUUUUUUUUUUUGAUCACAGGACUUUGAACUCAGUGGAAGUCCAGGAUCCACGCAGACGAUGACGCCAACAGAAUCUUUUCUGAGACACACAUCAAGCCUUAUCUGUUUAAAUCAUUGCUGAAAAGUAAACCUUGAGAGAUUCCUUCUUCUAUUUUGUUUGUUUUCUGGGGGUUAUGUUUGUCUUCAGUACACUUGUAAUUAUGAUCGCUCCAUCCCUUAGUGACUGGGAGUCUGUGCAGUGGUGAAGUCCGUUCUUGAGCCAUACUUUCACCCCGACCUUUUCUGGUUUUUAUCUUUAAUUCAACACUUUUUGUUGUUUUUAUUUUCUAUGAGUCCUUUUUUUUUCUCUCUCUCUAACAAAAUCACCAUGGUGCUAAAGCUUUGAAAGCUUUGUCUUCAUUUGAGUCGGACGUUUCGCAAAUCAGGAAUUAUUUCGCUGUUGAUUCACCCUGCUGAGAUCACAUAUCCUACAUUUCUGCACUCGAGCGGUACUCCGACGCCACCCGUGGGAAAACGCCCUCUGCGAUGUCGCAGGCCUGCUAGUUUUUGCCGACUUCUUGAAUUGAUGCUUUCAGUUUGGUCCUCAUAAGACAGAAACUUGUCUUCAAGACAUGUUUGAUUUCUUGAUGUAGCAAAACACUACCCAAGCCAAAAGUGAAGAUUUGUGGUGAAUAUCAGUUUUGUUUUUUUGUUUUGUUUUUUUUUUUAACUCUCAAGGCAGAUGCUCAUAAAUCUAUUGCAAUAAGACUUUUCUGCCCUACGUUUGCACACAGAAAACCUAAAAAUUGUGUCCUUCUCGGUGAAACCUGCUACUGAGUGUGUUCAUUCAGCCCCGUAGUGAACAUCACAGACUCUCUCGACGUUGUGUAAACCCGUCGGCCUGAAAACGGCGCCGACAACAAGCUUUCAGCUCCUUUAAAAAAGAAAAAAAGAAAAAACUUUAAUGUUGUAAGUUGGUGUUCAGUGACGUCUUCAGUGAGGCUUCUAGAAAUCACACUGUUCAAAUUCAUAUUUAUUGUUCUUUUGAUUUCUGUUUUUAAAUGGUAAAAAGGUUGUGCUGUGUAAAAUCGGUGGCGCUCUGGUGUUAUUAGACCCCCAUUUGCAACUUUUGUUUACAACUCGUGUCCUUUUGUUUCAAUAAUUUACUUGAAUUUUUGUUCGGGGCAGUGGUGUCAUGCGUUCAAAGCCUUUAAGACAGAAAUUGUUCUAAAGCAGGUGUUUGUCUGUUUUGGUUUUUUUAAAAGAAGCGUUCAUAUUUAGUUCUGAUUGGACUAGAUUACUGUUUUAGAAUCAGCCACAGGAGCUCAGUGACACUGUUUGCCUACUCGUGCCCUUGAUUGUGCUUUUUUUCUCUCCUUCUUUAUUUCCCAUCUCCCCCUCCUUUGUGCACCGCCGAGUUUUUCUUCGGACUUAAAGCAGAUUUACUUUUUUGUCUUUAUCUUAAUCCCCUUUUCCCCUUUUUUGCAUGUCCAAUCACUGGGAUGGAGCCCAGAUAACUCGUGUCAAUCACCGAGCUGACAACAAGAGCAGAGUCACUCCCAACUCCUUGCAAGGAUUCUACCUCAGCUGUUCAGACAGAUGUUUGGGAAUACUGAUGCAAAAAGAGAGGAUGAUGAUUUGAGAAUACAUUGGUUUUAAUAUCCUGACGUGUGGGCGCAUGUGUGCGUGCGUGCGUGCGUGUGUGUGUGUGCAUAUUUGUGUGCUUGUCACUGUGUGUGUUUGUGUGUGCGCAAUGAAGGAUGCAAAGCACUAGUCAAAAACUGAAGUUAUCAUGACCAUCUCUCCCAGAAUCUGUUAAAAAGACUGUAUGUUAUAUAUACACAUAUAUAUAUAUAAAUAUAAAUAUAUAUAUAAAUAUAAAGUAGGGUUAUUUUAAAGUGUAAAAGACAUUAAAAUGGCAAAAUAUGUGCUCUUUAAAUUUACGUCUUUGUUACCAUGUAUAAAUAAACCUGAGUUUGUAAAUAUUUGUAUACAUAUUUCUAAACCUGUUUAAUUUUUCUAUGCACUUUUUUUAUUUAUAAUGUUAUUUGCUUAAUAAAGAUGUUAAGAUGUUUGA